AUGACGCAGCAAGACGCUGCCCAAAAGGCGACGACCGAACAACUCGUCGCCAUCGCCGCCAUUCUAGCUCCGCUGGCCGGAGGCUCAGGAGAUCCGGCUACGACGGUCCGAAAACAACUGUUCGACACUUACCGAACAGCCAGUGCCGGAAACCCAGCAAACACAAGUGCCGUACAGGUCCAAACUCCCGGCGGCGUCGACCUCGUUACCGUCCAGGAACUCGCUGAGCUUAAGCAAUCAGUCCUGGACAUGAAAGACCGAAUGCUCGAAGGACCUACUUCAGCGCCGCUGAUCGAACGUGUCCUCGCCGAAACCUUAAAAACCCCAUUUUCCUGGAAGAUCACCGACGUACGUUACCGGCCGACCGAGAAAAUUCGCCUUCCGACUUACGCCGGAAAGGCAGACCCAACCGACCACAUCACUGCUUUCAACAUCACGUUGGGCCGAACCAACUUCUCUGAAGAAGAAAGAGACGCUGGCUACUGUCGUCUCUUCGUGAAAAGUCUUCAAGGACCAGCCCUCGGAUGGUUCACUGGAUUGGAGCGCGACUCUAUCAACAAUUUCCACGAUCUGACGACUGCGUUCCUCAAGCACUACAUCAUGUUUACAAGACAAAGAGCAACUCUGUCCGAUUUAUGGAAUCUAUCUCAAGGACCGAGCCAAAGCCUCCGCGACUUCAUGGAAAAAUUCAAAGCAGUCGCCUCUAAAGUCCAAGUCCCCGAUAGUGUUGCCGUCGACGCAUUGAUGAACACUCUCUAUUUCAAGUCCUUGUUUCGCGAGGAUCUCUACAGAAAUCCAACCACUUCGCUCCAGGACGCAAUCGCCAGGUCAAACAACUUCAUCCGAAUGGAAGAAGACACAACGGCGAUACUUAAGAAACUGAACACGGCAACCAAACCGGCAACUGUCCCCAAAGCUCCUGAGGCACGCCAGGAACCUCACAAAAACGCGUCCCCGCAGCCCACUGUCGUUGUACGCGAAAAAGGUUGGAAUGUCUGGGAAAACGACGAAAAGCCGCAAACCUCAUCGACACCUCCGGCGUCAAGUCCUGGACCAGCUGAGUCAAACAUGUGGUGUAGCUUCCACAAGUCUAAGGCACAUGAUACAAGGAACUGCAGGCAUUUGCUAGACGCCCUCUUCUCGUCGUACGAAAAGGGAACGUCAAACGUCGAACUCCCUAAGCCUAGGCCCAACGGCACCAAGAGUUUGAGCAAAAGCAAAGAAAAGAAAACUCACAAGAAUCAGGAUAAGUCCGAAAACCGGCCGAAGCAUACUUAG